UGGAUAUUGAAUGAAUUGAUUGGUCGCUAGGAUAUUAGGCGAUUACUCAACUAAACUUUUCGUACACAGGAUUUACUAACUUCUCAUUCGUUCAUUACAUUAUUUUCAUUUCAUGUUCGUACAAUUACUUGUUGUAGUCAAUCCACUUGUUUUGUCUUCCAAGCAUAAACAAAAAGACCUAGAAGUAGUCGUAAGUUAUGAUUUUAAAAUAACUGCUCAGUGCAAUACAGCAUCCUCUGUUGGUUUCCGAGUAUUACGGUCUCUUCGCAUAGCUUUAAAAUGUAUCGCUCAAGAUGCGUUUCAGAUUUCAUAUCUUGUCUAUAUGAGACUCAUAUAGAAUACUGGAUCAAAAUGGAUACUUAAGCAGUUAGCUCAUGUCUAAUGAAGGAUGCCUAGACACGUGAGCGUGUUCAACGUAUGAAAACUAAGUUGUUGACAGGUCUUUGUAAAGCGCUGCAGCGAGCUACUAAAGAGAUUGAACCUUUCCUCCUAAUCUAAUUAUGGAGUUCGAGGUAACAUUGUAUUGACAUUUAAUGUCAAUACAGUUUUGUAUCCCAAAUUAUGAUUUAGGUGUAAACGCAUGCUAUAUUUUCUGUCUUUCAGGGAAUAAUCAUCUGUGAGGCCACAGCAAGAAGCGUUCGGGAGCUGCAGUAGAACAAACUCAGUUUCGGGUUCCUUGUUUCUAAUAUUGUGGCCGACGAUUAGAACUCCCUACCCAAGCAAAUUGUAUCAGCUGCGUUGUCGAACAUUUUAAGGGAAAAACUGCAUCGCUAGAAGACACUUCAAGAACUAGCACGGGCUAAUAAGCCUAUCCUUACUACCGAAGACUUUUGUGUAGCAUUUGCCAGAAUUUUACUGUGAUGAGCAAUGAAGGAGUAUCUUUUUCAAAACUAAAUAGCUCCAAUCUGUUAUUAACUACUUGUCAACCAAAGGAUUUGGAUGAUGAUAUGAGUGACAAUAGACUAUUAAAGCUGAAGAUAUUAGAACUUUCAUCAGAAUUACGGAGGAAUAUGAUUUAUUUCAAUCGACGUUUAGGGGCGACUGAAUAUGAACUGGAACAAUGUAAAAAAACAAAUGAAGAUUUGUUAAGCAAACAGAAUUUAAAAAUUCAAUCUUUGCAACAUGAGAAUGAAACAUAUCGUAAUCAGAUAUCAGUUUUAGAAAUUGAUUUGGCACAGCAUAAACAAGCUGUUCAACUUAAACAAGAUAAAAUUGAUCAAAUGGAAGCAUAUUUAGCUAAAUUACCAACACUAGAAGAUUAUCAAGAAACUUUAAAUAAGUUUCAAUUCAUUAAAAAUCAAAAUGUAUUAUUAGAAAAUCAUAUUGAAGAAUAUAAAAUUAAAUUAAUGAAUUGUGAUAGACAAUUAACUGAUGUCAAUAAUCAAAUGAAACAAUAUGAAGAACGUGAACAAUUACUUCAAAUCCAAUUAGAUACAAUUCAUAAUGGGCAUCUUAAUGAAAGCGAAACUGGAAAAUCCGAUAAUAUGAAAGCAUCAAAUGUUAUACCGAUUUUUGUUGAAGAUUUGAAAUGUGAGUUAGAACGCUAUCAGAUCGCAUUUGAAAAAACUAAAAAACUUCUUGAAGCGGAAACAUGUCGUGCAGAUACGGCAGAAACUCAUCAAAAAAUGGAACAAUUUAAAUUCAAUGAAUUUCACGAACGUGUAGAAGCAGAAAUUACUGGUAUUAAAGCAUCCUUAUCAACUAGACGUGCUGAAAUUCGACAAUUAAAAAAGCAGAUUUCUGACAUAACAUCAGAAAAACAAGCAUUACUUGAAAAUCUUUUCAAAGCUUAUAAUACAUUAUUAAAUAUAAAUUCAUUAUGGAAAUCAACAAAUGGUCAAUUAUGUCAAUGUUUAUAUGAAUAUAUUCAAGAGAAUGUGAAUGAAAUUGUUUGUUUAACUAAACAAUUAAAUAAUUUAGUUAAAGGACAAAAAUUAAAUUUAACUGAAUUGUUGAUUCAACCAAAACCUUUAUUAAAUAACAUCAAUGAUAUUAUAUUGAAUAAUGAAAAACAAAUGAACAAUAAUGAUUAUGUAAUUAGUACAUUAUCAGAAGAUAUUUCAUCAUCACUACAAAUACAAUCAAUCUGUAAUGCUGAGAAUAAAACUAAUAAUUGUUUUAUUAAAAAUGCAUGGGAAGCUUCAUUUGAUGAUGUCAUAACUACUGCAUCUCAAUUAUCAAAUAAUUUCAACAAAGAACAAUUAGAUAAUUCAUUAAACCAGUUAAUUAAAACACGGACAUUGUUGCUUAAAUUACGUCAAGAACUUGCUAAUAAAUAUGCAGAUCAUUUAGGUGGGAAAAUACAUUGCAUUGUUCAAUGAUAAGCGGAACACCAAUUGACUUCAUUAUUGUACAUUUCCCAAUUGCAUUUUUUGUGUUCUGAAUUUAAUGCAUAAAAUUUAAUAUAAUGGUUUUUCUAUCUACGAA